CGGCUCGCCGCGGCGCCCAGCACCACGCCCGCGCGCGCUCUGCGGCAUGGAGGGCCCCGGCAGCCUGUGCAAGAAAGUCAAGCUGAGCAACAACGCGCAGAACUGGGGGAUGCAGAGAGCAACUAACGUCACCUAUCAAGCCCACCAUGUCAGCAGGAACAAGAGAGGCCAGGUGGUGGGGACCAGAGGUGGCUUUCGAGGUUGCACCGUUUGGCUGACAGGCUUGUCCGGCGCGGGGAAGACCACGGUGAGCAUGGCGUUGGAGGAGUACUUGGUGUGUCACGGCAUCCCCUGCUACACUUUGGAUGGGGACAACAUUCGUCAAGGUCUCAAUAAAAACCUUGGCUUCAGCCCGGAAGACAGGGAGGAGAAUGUUCGGCGCAUUGCGGAGGUGGCCAAGCUGUUUGCAGAUGCCGGCCUGGUGUGCAUUACGAGCUUCAUAUCUCCUUACACUCAGGACCGCAACAACGCCAGGCAGAUCCACGAGGGCGCCAGCUUGCCUUUCUUCGAAGUGUUUGUGGAUGCUCCUCUGCAUGUGUGUGAACAGAGGGAUGUGAAAGGACUCUACAAAAAGGCCCGGGCUGGAGAAAUUAAAGGUUUUACCGGCAUCGAUUCGGAGUAUGAGAAACCAGAGGCGCCCGAGCUGGUGCUGAAAACGGACUCCUGCGAUGUCAACGACUGUGUCCAGCAGGUCGUGGAGCUUCUGCAGGAACGGGAUAUCGUACCUGUGGAUGCUUCUUACGAAGUGAAGGAACUGUAUGUGCCAGAAAAUAAACUUCAUUUGGCAAAAACAGAUGCAGAAACAUUACCAGCCUUGAAAAUUAAUAAAGUGGACAUGCAGUGGGUGCAGGUGCUGGCAGAAGGCUGGGCCACCCCGCUGAACGGCUUCAUGAGGGAGAGGGAGUACCUGCAGUGCCUGCACUUCGACUGUCUUCUGGAUGGGGGUGUCAUUAACCUGUCAGUGCCCAUCGUGCUGACAGCCACCCAUGAAGACAAGGAUAGGCUGGAUGGCUGCACAGCUGUCGCCCUGGUGUACGAGGGGCGCCGCGUCGCCAUUCUUCGCAACCCAGAGUUCUUCGAGCACCGGAAGGAGGAGCGCUGCGCCCGGCAGUGGGGAACCACCUGCAAGAACCACCCCUACAUCAAGAUGGUUAUGGAGCAAGGAGACUGGCUUAUUGGGGGGGAUCUUCAAGUCUUGGACCGGAUUUAUUGGAAUGAUGGUCUCGACCAGUACCGUUUCACUCCUACCGAGCUCAAGCAGAAAUUUAAAGACAUGAAUGCCGAUGCUGUCUUUGCAUUUCAAUUACGCAACCCAGUGCACAACGGGCAUGCUCUGUUAAUGCAGGACACCCACAAGCAACUUCUGGAGCGGGGCUACCGGCGCCCUGUACUGCUCCUUCACCCUCUCGGGGGCUGGACAAAGGAUGACGAUGUUCCUCUGAUGUGGCGGAUGAAGCAGCAUGCUGCAGUGCUGGAGGAGGGCGUCCUGAAUCCCGAAAGUACAGUCGUGGCCAUCUUCCCUUCUCCCAUGAUGUACGCUGGGCCCACUGAGGUCCAGUGGCACUGCAGAGCGCGGAUGGUCGCAGGAGCCAAUUUUUACAUAGUUGGACGAGACCCCGCCGGCAUGCCGCAUCCAGAAACAGGGAAGGAUCUUUACGAGCCGAGUCACGGGGCCAAAGUGCUGACGAUGGCCCCCGGCCUCAUCACCCUGGAAAUCGUGCCCUUCCGCGUUGCCGCUUACAACAAGAAAAAGAAGCGGAUGGAUUACUAUGACUCGGAACACCAUGAAGACUUUGAAUUUAUUUCAGGAACACGAAUGCGCAGACUUGCCCGAGAAGGCCAGAAACCUCCAGAAGGCUUCAUGGCGCCCAAGGCCUGGACGGUGCUGAUGGAGUACUACAGGUCCCUGGAGAAAGCCUGAGCUGCAGCCACGUGCCCUCCCGUGACCCUGCCCUGGCCGGCAGAAGGGGCCCGGAGCUGCUGUUGCUGGUGGUGUCCGUUGGCCACCACCUAAAUACAGCCUGUUUUCCCUAGGGAUCAUCAGUGUGUCCUGCCUAACGGGCUUUCUCCCGAGCUAGUGUAACACACAGCUGGUUUUAAUGUCUCUCUGCCACUUACUGUAGUUCGUAAUCCUACAAUUUUAAAAUCUCGUCUUUUUAUAUGGUAUUUAUGCUUCUGUCUCAUGAUUUUUCCAAACUGUUAUAGAUGUAACCAAUAGUGGACACUUUGAAUCUCACUUUUUCAUCCCUUGAAAGAAGAGGGAGAAAAUCCACUAAAUGAUAAACUUGGGUAGAGUUAGUUUGGGGAAUUUUUCAAAACAUUUGCAGCAACUAGUUUUUUUUGUUUUUUUACGUUGAACAUAGAAACUGCUUGUAUGCUUUCUUCCAGUCAGCUAUCGAUCUCUCUCAUCUGUUACAAUCUAAAGUAUUCUUACGAUCUGUGUAAGCCCUGAACGAACUUUCUUUAUUCAAUAAAAUUAAUUUUUUGACUUCUUACUACGU